AUGGCUCCCCUCCCUCGCCCCUUACUAGGCCUUAUCCUCCUAGCCAACCCCCUCCUUUUCCUCCUACCUGGCCCCGUGCAAGGGGCACCUUUCGAGGCGCACACCCCCACGCAAUCCUGGAACGCCACAGGACCCAGCAACUCGAGCCACCUCGUGCCCAAACCACCCAGACCGUGGUCACCCGCGCCGUUCUUCUGGAACGAUGCCCCUCCGCGCCCGUAUCAUGCCUACGGCUAUGGUGGGUUUUAUCAGCCGGACAAGGCUGGAGAUGAUGCGAGGGGUUCGGUGAAUGUUGUGGAUAAGGGCUCUGAGGUUGAGGCUGGGGCCGAGGAUGUGCAUGAGCAUGUUGACGACAUAAGGACCCUGGGUGGAGAUGGCAAAGAGGAUGAAGUGGAUGCGAACUCGUCGGAUGCGGAAGAGACUGGUGAGAGAAAUGAAGAUGAGGGAAAGGAUGUAUCUUCUUUCUGGAACCCUUUUGCUGGUCUUCGACACGGUGAUGACCUGAAUCGCGGAGACUGGGACUGGAAGAAGCAAGCUCAUGGACAUGGGAAGUCUUGGGGAGAGGCAGACAGUUGA